AUUAGAUACUACAUAUAUAACGGCGACAGCGGUGCCAGCGUGCCAUUCCCGCCGCCGUCGCCGCCGCUGCCAUGUCAACGCUCUUCCGCUCGCUGCUCGCGCUCGCCGCACUACUCGCGAUAUUCUCGCUCAUGGCGCUACUUGCCAAAGUUGCCAACGCUUCCCAUGAAGAAAUCUGCAUUACUGAACUAUUUGGCAGAAAAACUUUAGACGACGUAUACGGAAGAACAAUCAGGUUUUAUACCGGAGGCGGUCUUAUCGACAUUCCAGAUGGUUGUAAAAUACAAGAAAAAAAGUUAUUGGGCGUGCUCGUCAAGGUCUGCAAUUAUAACCAGGCCGGGCGGAACGGUGUGCCCAGCGUCGUGGAGGUGGGCGACCUCUCGCCGCUCAACGUGACGUGCGCCGACGGGUGUCCCGGCGGCGGCUCGUUGACCUACACGCAGUACUGCCACUUCAGGAGAUAACUCAAUUUAAUGGCUAAUCUACACGAUGACCCAGCGCCGGCCACUCCAAGGGACGCAUUUAUGCGUUAGAGGGAGCAGGUGAUAUUGCUAUGUCAUUCUACCGCAUGGCUGCGUCCCUUGGAGUGGCCGGCGCUGGCCCAUCGUCUAGAGGAGCCAUAAGGCAGGAUUUUGUUUUGUUUUAAUUGUUAAGUACCUAUUUAUAGAACGUGUUUCCUUACCAAAAGGGUAGGGGUAGAUGAUACCAUUUACACUUUGUUAUGAGUAUGCAGUGCAUUUUAAUAUAAAAUAUUGUUAUUAAUUAAUAAUAUGUAUUUAAACUGAAAUAAAUGACAUAUACUAAGAAAAAGUGACCAAGGCUUUAGUAUUGAUGGCAGCGCCAUCUCUCUCGCUAACUCGGUAUCACAUGAGUGAUCCAGUUAGAACAGGGAUCUCCAAACUUUUUUACCUGAGGGUCAAAUUGCGCCUCAGAAUUUUCGCGCGGGCCACGGCUCACAGCAUUUCGGCGCCGGGGGGGGGGGAUGUAUCUGGUUGCUGCUGUUAGGGCUGAACACCUGGAGCCUGGCUCCCGCGGGCCGAAUUGGACCGCUGUCGGCGGGCCGGAUUGGAACGCUUCGCGGGCCGGACUUGGCCCGCGGGCCGGGGUUUGGAGAGCCCUGAGUUAGAAGGUCCGAACCAUACUUUUCUACCUUAGAGAUGGCUAGGGGGCGCCAUAAGCCUUCAGUAAGAAGUGCAUAUACUUGGAAAAUUUGACCUAUGCCGCUGUGACCCGGUGGCCGAGUGGCUUAGGCAUCUGCCGCGAUAGCAGAGGACGCUGGUUCGAUUCCAGCCUGGGGCACUAGAGGCCUUGGUCACUUUUUCUUAGUAUAUGUCAUUUAUUUCAGUUUAUAAUUUAUAUAGUAGUGUUUCUACUUGAUAAAAACAAAUUAAAAUAUUUUUCAGAAAUAAUUUAAUUUGUUCAAAUACUUUAAUAUGUAUUUAAUUACUGUUUAUAUAAGUUCGAAUUAAAUGUAUACUUUUA